GCAAGCCGGUCGCCGGGCAGGGUGGAGGUGUGCUCGCUUAUAUUUUUCUCAUACAUAUAUAUGUGUAUAUAUAUAUAUAUAUGACAAAUACACACUUGCAUACAUAUCUACAUAUAAAAUAUAUAUAUAUAUAUACACACAUAUAAACAUACACGUAUAUACACGUAAAUGAUGGGUCGUACGUCGUGGGUCGCGAGUCGCCGCCAAGGAUAAACGUCGUUGGUCGUCGCGACGCCGCCGCGUAGUGUGCGCGCAGGUACAUAUACCUCGUUGAAGAAAAAAAAAAAAAAAAAAAAAAAACAUAAGAGAGCGAGAGGAGCGUGUUGCUAAUAAGAAGAUUUCGCGAAUGAAAUUGUUAGAAGGAGUACAUGCGAGUGCGAAACGCGCGGGAGUGGCAAAAAGAAAAAUUUCAACGAAAUUUCGCGUACGAAAGACUACGCGUCGCCGGGCGUACGUAAAGAAGGACAGAUAGAUAAAUGUAUGGAUGGACGGAUGGACGGAUAAAUGAAUGGAUAGACAGAUAAAAUAUAUAUAAUAGAUAGACGGUGCAGUGCGCGAAAAGUGCAAGAGGGCAAUCGUGUCGUUUUUCUCUCUCUUUCUAUCUCUCCCUCUUUCUCUCUUUCUCUCUCUCUCUCUCUCUCUCUCUCUCUUUCUCUCUCUCGAUCUCUUUCUCUCUUUUAUUCGCGCUCGCGCGUGACUGUGUGUGGCGGGUAUCGCGUAAAAACGAGAAACGGGAAGAAGCGAGAUACAGGAAUACUGACGGUAGUUAAGGAAGAAGAAGAAGAAGAAGGAAAGAAGGAAGGAAGGAAGGAAGAAAGAAAGAAAGAAAGAAAAAGGAAAGGAAUAAAAUAAAGAUUAAAGAAGAAGAAAAGAGGAAGAAGAAGAGAAGAGGAAGAGAAUAAUCGUGGGGUGUGCUGCUGCUGCUGCUGCUGCUGUUGGUGCUGUUGGGUGGCGGGCGGGGGGGAGGGAAGGGACGACCUAGCGAAAGAAGAGAAAGAGAGAGAGAGAGAGAGAGAGAGAGAAAGAGAGAGAGAGAGAGAGAGAGAGAAGAAAUCAAAAAAGAAAUAAAGAAAAAACAACGAAGACGAGGAUUACUACGACGACGACGACGACGACGACGACGACGACGACGAGGACGACAACGACGGUGGUCGUGGUGAUGAUAGUGGCGAGAAGACAACAACGACAUCGAGUACGAGGAUAACAACAAUAACAACAACAACAAUAACAAUAAUAAUAAUAAUAAUAAUAAUAAUAAUAAUAACACAACGACAACAACGACAUUACAUGCUAGGACGGUGCUUUUAUCGCGUGCGAUUUUUCGCUGUUACGCGCGAAGGUGCGUCGUCACAAAUGACAGGGAGUUGAUCAAUGUGCACGAAAUAUGGCUGAGGAGCUGCUGGUCACCCUGAACCGCGGCGACUCUUCUGGAUUCGGUUUCUCACUUCUUGGAACGGCGGGACUUCCUCACGUUAUUUACGACAUCGUCGAGAACUCGCCGGCUGCGAAGAGUGGCAAGGUCGAGGCCGGUGACGUCAUACUUAGGGUGAACGAAGUCGAUGUCAACCGAUUUAGUACUAAAGAAGUGCUGAAAUGUCUGCGGCUCUCAUCGGACCCCGUCACCCUGAAGCUAAGAAGGGAUCCCGCGAUAAAGGCGCACGUGCGUCGACUCCUAUCACCUGGGGAUGCAACGACCGAGGAGGAUGCAAGCGAAGUCGCGAAAUCAACCCGAGAAGGAAAUAUCAUCGCACAAAACUCUAGAGACGUGAAAUCCUCAUCGAGUAGUGGUUGUGAGAACGAGGAAUCGAGAAAAUCUGGAUCGCCGGUUUUGCCCGUGGGUUCACCUCAAGGCCCUCAAGGUGCCACACAAUAUUCGACCAGAAGCAAUGGUUCCUACAGUGACCCAUCGGGUUCGUCCGACUUGGAAGCCCUUUUACCAUCAAUGGAUAGUUUCAAGGAAGAGGAACGUGCUCAGUGGGAGCCACUUUCUGGUGAAAAGUUCGGUCGUCAGAAGAACACGCCUAGGUUCGAAGCUUAUAUGAUGACCGGCGAUCUCAUGCUGAACCUGUCGCGAACGCAGCAAAGCAGCGGUUUCCUGCCGAAGUACCAGAAGAAGGUCGACUCGCUUAGGUACAACAAUCAUCACUCUCACCAUCACCAUAAUCAUCACAAUCACCACCAUCAUAACUCGGUACCUACCAGUCCUAACGAGAUGUUAGGCCAUCACCGUGCGUACAAGUGCACUGGCUCGAACUCGGCCAGCACCUCGCCGGUCGGGAUCAGCAAACGCGACGGCGGCCAAUGCACGAGCCAGGGCGACUCUAGCAAGCCCAAUGCCGCCGCGAGCAGUUUCGGUUAUUCGAGCGGCUUCGUCCGUACCUCGCGCUCCGAGGAUCACUUGCAAUUCCAAAAGGAUCCCUCGAUGAGCGCAGUGGACAUAGACAUUGACGACGACGUCACGUCCAGCCUGAAUACCCUGUUGGACACGCGGCCGGACAGCGGCCAGGGCCUGUCCAGCGAGAGGAUCGUCUGGACGUACAACGCGCCGGUCAGCUCGCCAUCCGCCUCGGAGCGCACCUCCUGCUGCCAAAAUGGUAGCUCCUCUCAAUCCUCUUCCUCCUCAUCCUCGAGUUCCUCCUCGAGCGGCUCCUCGACGGAGGGUACUAGUCCGCAGCGUUCCCUAUCACCUGCUUCCCCGACCUCGGUCUCGUCCUCCGUCAUGUCCUCCAAUUCUGGAUCCCGUAGGUUCCCACCGCCGGUACCGACCGCUCCGCCGGCCCUGGUGGGACCCUCGGGCGACGGGACCACCUCCUCGACCUCCGGCCUACAUCCCACCAACGGCGACCUCAGCCAGUCGGAGGCCAUCAGCAACAUGUCCAGUCCGGACUACAACGACGAGGAGACCAUGGAUAUUCUCAGUGUGCGCGACAUUAUGAUGGUCAGUGAUCCCAGUGACAGUGACUCGACGAUACUCGCGAGCGAGCCACCACAAAGGAGACUCAAGCCGAGUACUACGUCGAACGCUACUAACGCACCACCGACUUCCUACGCUCAGCAACAGCAGCAACAACAACAACAGGAUUCUGCGGCCGAGCAUAGGAUAGUUAUUCAAGUUAAGGGACCGGACAAGGAUUCAUCUUCGAGAAACGCUAGUCCAAGACAGGCAAGAAGAAGGACGGUUCCAUCUGGUGGUGGUAGCGCAUCGUCCGUUGAUCUAUUGCCACCGAACAUUUCGACGGUACAAAAUGCUGCCCAACGAUCCUCACCAUCGACUCUAAACUCUGGUAACGUUACUCCAGAGUUCGUUGGUUAUCAGGAGCUCAAAGAAAGUGAGGACGAGAGGGAGGCUUACAGUGCUGGAUUCUACGACGAUCAGAAACACAGCGGUGCUUCUCCACCUCAGUCGGCUGAUGAAGAAAGCGAUAUCGAGAGUCUCCAUAGCUUCCAUUACAGUCCAAAAGCGGUGGAUCUACCGUCCGCCGUUCGACUAGCUAAAAGGCUAUAUUCUUUAGAUGGCUUUAAGAAAUCCGAUGUCUCCAGACAUCUUAGUAAAAACAACGACUUCAGUAAAGCGGUAGCCGAGGAGUACUUGAAAUAUUUCAACUUUGAACGAGACACGCUGGACGUGGCUCUCAGAAAGUUCCUUGUUCAGUUCUCUUUAACGGGGGAGACCCAAGAAAGGGAGCGAGUUCUUGUACAUUUCUCUAAGAGGUAUCUUGAUUGUAAUCCCGGCACGUUUAACUCUCAAGAUGCAGUUCACACAUUAACUUGUGCUAUUAUGUUGCUAAAUACCGAUCUUCAUGGGCAGAAUAUCGGUAGAAAAAUGUCAUGUUCGGAGUUUAUAGAAAAUUUAUCAGAACUCAACGACGGUGAUAAUUUCCCUAGGGAGGUGCUAAAGCAACUUUACAAUGCUAUCAAGUCUUAUCCCUUGGACUGGGCUUUGGAUGAUGAGGGCGAUGAAACGACGACUCAGGUGAUCCAACAGGGUGAUGGACCAGCGAUAGCUGGUACUGGAAAUCCGUUUCUCGAUGUGCCAAAUGUUACAGGUGCUACGGAGUUCAAGAAGGGUUACGUUAUGCGCAAAUGUUGUUAUGAUUCCAAUGGGAAAAAAACUCCAUUCGGGAAGAGAGGUUGGAAGAUGUAUUAUUGUACAUUGAGAGAGCUUGUAUUAUAUUUACAUAAGGACGAGCAUGGCUUCCGUAACGAUAGUUUGCACAACGCGAUACGUAUUCAUCAUGCAUUAGCGACGAAAGCGUCGGAUUACACGAAGAAGCAACACGUUUUCAGGCUACAAACUGCCGAUCAAGCGGAAUAUCUUUUCCAAACGAGCGAUUCCAAAGAAUUACAAUCGUGGAUCGACACAAUCAAUUUUGUAUGCGCCAGUUUCUCAUGCCAACCCCUCGCAGGAGCCGUCGGUUCUCAACGAAAAUUUCAACGGCCUCUGUUACCCUGCAGUCACACCAAAUUAUCUCCUAGAGAACAGUUGCGGGACCACGAGGAUAGAGUUAGCAGACUGGAAUCCGAACUGGAUGAACAUAAACGGCAUCCUCCGGAAAGAGGAGCUAAAGCUUUAGCCGUACAAAAUUAUAAAGAGAAGGGUGCAUAUUUACAUCACGAGUUAAAGAGGUAUAAGACGUACGCCUACUUGUUACGUUCAAGACUGGCAUUCGCAGAGGUCGAACCAUCUCUGGUAGAGAGCAGUAUCGGUGAAGUGGAUGAAGGAAGCGGUGCUUUGUUGAAUGCUGACGUAGCGUUAGUACCUCCUCCAGUUCCUGAUCGACCAGCCAUAAAUAGGUACAGUUACAGGGCUGCCAUUUACAACCGUAAUCUUCUAAAUGGUCAGGACUACUGCGGGGAUAUUGGUUGACGUGUGAUGGGUGUAUUUUCAGCAUGUGUGGUCUAAUCCGUUGCUGCUCCUACAAAUAUGCGCAGCUAUACGGAAAACAUUAGCUCAAAAUUUCUAAGAGAUAUUAACCGAUUACUAACGAUGUAUUCGAUUCCAUCACUUGUUAAGUACUGUACCUUAUUGUACCUUGUACUCACACACAUUAUCUCUUUUAAUACAUAUAACCAUCAUUUAAAACAGGCGAUCAUUAAUACGGUAGUUAUAAUAUUCAUACGGCAUUAUAUAAUCAAUCAAUCGAUGCAGCAGAUUUCUAAAAAUGAAUUUCCAACGAUACGAAUCAUUCCUGAUUUUAUUCAAUUAAUAAAUUUCAAAAUUUUCUAAUUAUCUCUAUAGAUAAUAUAAAUGUAAAUAUUUAUAGAUGUUUUCUUUUUUU